UGAUGGGCCGAUGGCCAGUCUCUUUCUCUCUCCAUCUCUCUUGCUCUCCGCUCUCUAUCUAUCGGGAGAGAAAGAGAGAGAGAGAGAGAUAGGCGUUGAGCUUGGAUUGCCUGGGAGUGGAGGAGGAUUCUGCUCGAUAUUUAUGUUCUGAUUAGGUUUCAAGGAAAGGAGAAACAGAUUGCAUGCCUGUGAUCAAAUGUGGCUGAUUUCCUUGUAGAUUCGCCCCUGUUUAAUUUAAUUUUCGACAGAAGGCAAACGUUUUAGGGUUUGGGAAGCUUAAGAGGAAGAAAAGGAGGCGUUUUUGGAACAUUGCGGCUUUUAAACCUUCAACGAGAACGGAGAUGCAGCAGCGGAAGAAGGAAACACCAGAGAUGGACUUCUUCACUGAAUAUGGGGAUGCAAGCAGAUACAAAAUUCAGGAGGUCAUAGGGAAAGGAAGUUAUGGAGUUGUUUGCUCAGCUAUAGACAUUCAAACUGGAGGAAAAGUGGCCAUCAAGAAGAUACAUGAUAUUUUUGAGCACAUCUCAGAUGCUGCCCGUAUUCUUCGUGAGAUCAAGCUUCUUAGGAUUCUCAGACAUCCUGACAUUGUAGAGAUAAAGCACAUUAUGCUACCCCCAUCAAAGAGGGAUUUCAAAGAUAUUUAUGUUGUUUUUGAGCUUAUGGAGUCAGAUCUUCAUCAAGUUAUCAAAGCCAAUGAUGACUUAACCAGAGAGCAUUACCAGUUUUUUCUUUAUCAGCUCUUGCGCGCAUUAAAAUAUAUCCACACUGCUAAUGUUUAUCAUCGUGAUUUAAAGCCAAAGAACAUAUUAGCAAAUGCCAACUGCAAGCUCAAAAUUUGUGACUUCGGAUUAGCAAGGGUUGCAUUCAAUGAUACCCCAUCAACAGUGUUUUGGACGGAUUAUGUAGCAACAAGGUGGUAUCGAGCACCUGAGCUAUGUGGCUCAUUUUUCUCCAAGUACACGCCAGCCAUUGACAUUUGGAGCAUAGGUUGCAUUUUUGCUGAGGUAAUAACUGGGAAGCCCUUAUUUCCUGGGAAAAAUGUGGUACAUCAAUUAGACUUGAUGACUGAUCUUCUCGGCACGCCUUCCAUUGAUUCUAUUUCGCGGGUUCGAAAUGAUAAGGCAAGAAGGUUUUUAAGUAGUAUGAGGAAGAAGCAACCCAUACCAUUUUCACAGAAGUUCCCAGAUGCAGAUCCUUUGGCCCUCAAACUUUUGGAGAGGCUACUAGCGUUUGAUCCGAAGGAUCGCCCUUCAGCUGAAGAGGCGUUGGCAGAUCCAUAUUUUACUGGUUUGGCCAAAGUGGAGAGGGAGCCCUCUUGCCAACCAAUCACAAAAAUGGAGUUUGAAUUUGAGCGGCGAAGAGUGACAAAAGAAGAUAUUAGAGAGCUCAUUUUUCAUGAAAUAUUGGAGUAUCACCCUCAACUUCUCAAGGACUACAUAAAUGGCACUGAGAGAUCAAAUUUCUUGUAUCCUAGUGCGGUUGAUCAUUUCAAAAGACAAUUUGCUCAUUUGGAGGAGAACGGCGGAAAAAAUGCUCCCACGGUUCCGAUAGAGAGGAAACAUAUUUCUCUUCCCAGACCAACUGUGCUCCAUUCAACUACAAUCCCUCCAAAGGAACAAGUUAAUAAUCUCCGAGAAGCAGAUAGAUUUUCUGAACAUUUUCCCAGGAUUCCACAGGCUCCUCAAAGAAUCCCAGUUGCAAAGCCAGGAAGAGUAGUGAGUCCUGUAAUUCCAUUUGAGAAUGGAAGAAUAAGGGAACCCUCUGAUCCUCAAAGAUUGAUGCGAAACACAAUGCUUCCACCACAGCCUGGUCUUCCUCCUGCAACCUUCAGCUUUCACAGAAACAUCAGUAAGAUUGAAAGCGAGAGGGCGGAAGCAGCAGAAGAAGCUCGAGAUAAUAGCCAUCGGCAUAAACCGCCGCAGCCAUUUAUGCCGAGCAAGAUGGCUCCAGAAGUUGCAGUCGGCAUGAGGGCUUCACCUUUCUUUGUUGCAGGUUCACACAGAAAGAUUGGUGCAGGGAUUCCAGGAAUCUACUAGGGGAAGUGGAAGCACUGUAGCAGCUUAAGGCUUUGUUUGGAACAACUUUCUUUCUACUUCUUAAAGCAGCUUUUUAGCAGCUUGUACUAAAAAGCUGCUUUAAGAAGCAGAAAGAAAGCCAUCCCAAAUGAAGCCUAAGAUGAUGUCCAUUUGCAUGCUGGUGAGCUCGAGCUAGUGUGGUUGGUGAGACUGGCAUGUUUGUAUCAGAAGCUUGAGAGAAAAUUAUAUUUGAAAAGCUGAAAGAGAUGUGAAGAGAUCCAUGUCAUGGUACAGGCAGUGUUUCUUCUGCAAAGUUUGUUUGAUCGAUUGACAUGGAUUCUACUGUGUAAAAUAUGUAAAGUUCUUACUAAGAUGUUCUUUUAUGACCGACUGAUUGCUCUCAGUGGUUGGGAUUUCGCUCUUUUUAGAAUGAGUGCAUAUUCAAAGUCAUACGACUUAGAAUAUUUUCUUCAACAUUACAAUAAAAUUAAACAAAUAUGUAUUUCCGUCUUCUUCCUGCUAAUGAA